CCCUUGCGGCGCCGGAGAGAUGGCGGAGUUGGACGUUGGGCAGCACUGCCAGGUGGAGCACUGUCGGCAGCGAGAUUUUCUUCCAUUUAUUUGUGAUGGUUGUUCAGGAAUAUUUUGCCUUGAACACAGAAGCAGGGAGUCUCAUGGUUGUCCUGAGGUGACUGUAAUCAAUGAAAGACUGAAGACAGAUAAACAUAAAUCUUACCCAUGCUCAUUUAAGGACUGUGCUGAAAGAGAACUUGUGGCAGUUAUAUGUCCUUAUUGUGAGAAAAACUUCUGCCUAAGACACCGUCAUCAAUCAGAUCAUGAGUGUGAAAAACUGGAAAUCCCAAAGCCUCGAAUGGCUGCCACUCAGAAACUUGUUAAAGACAUUAUUGAUUCCAAGACAGGAGAGACAACAAGUAAACGACGGAAAGGAGCCAAAAGUAGUGAAACAGCUGCAAAGGUUGCGUUGAUGAAACUGAAGAUGCAUGCUGAUGGGGAUAAGUCAUUGCCUCAGACAGAAAGAAUUUACUUUCAGGUUUUCUUGCCUAAGGGCAGCAAAGAGAAGAGCAAAGCAAUGUUCUUUUGCCACCGAUGGAGUAUUGGGAAGGUCAUAGACUUUGCAGCUUCUCUAGCCAGUCUUAAAAAUGACAAUAACAAAUUAACAGCUAAGAAAUUGAGGUUAUGUCACAUUACUUCAGGAGAAGCCUUACCCUUGGAUCAUACUUUGGAAACCUGGAUUACUAAGGAGGAUUGUCCUUUAUAUAAUGGUGGAAAUAUUAUCUUGGAGUAUCUUAAUGAUGAAGAACUAUUUUUAAAAAAUGUUGAUUCUUACUUAGAAUAGUCAUUCAGUGAUACAAGCCAGAAAUCACAAGGCAACUUCUAUGUAUAUUUUUAAGUCAAUUUAUUUUACUAUAAAUACUGUUAUUUUUAAAAGUUGUCUUUUUGCUUAUUUCCAUUUUAUCAUAUUUUAUAUUAUCGGUUUUCUAUUACAUUUGAUUUUUUGUGUUUUAAACUUUAACUAUGAACUGAAACUCAAUUAUUAGCAAAUUCUUAUAUUUAAUUAGCUUUUAUUAGGUUAUGCUGUAGUAGUAAAAACAAAGUUGUAUCUCCUGGUGGGUUAACGUCACCUGUUGAUUGGCUGUAGCACUGUUCCACGUCAUCUUUAUUCCAGGAUUGAAGCUGAAGGAGUGCCCUUCUUUGGACACUUUGCCAUUCUUAUAGCAGAGGGAGAAGAGAUGACAGAAAUUUCAGCCCUCUCUCAGAUAAUACAUGCAUCAUUUUUACUUUAAGCAAGUCUUAUGGCUAAGCCUAGCAUCAUGGAGCCAGAAAGUGUAGGUUUAACUAUCUACUUAAAUUAUGAUGUAUCCAUUGUUGUGUGUUCAUGAAUUGUAGAAAUUUAGAGAUCAUCUCAUUCAAUCUUCUAAGUUUUUAGAUGAGGAAUGUCAGGCCUAGGAAGAGAAAAUGAUUUUCUAGGUGUCAUUUAACUGCAUUGGGGCAUAUUUCUGAUUAAAGACCCCCCUCCAGUAGGAUUCAUCUUUUUUUUUGUUAGUAUGAGUAUAUUAUAAAUACAAAGAAAAAUAGGUUAUUUCAACUUCAUUACUCUCUCUCUAUAGAUACCAAGAAAAACACAUGCCAAUUUUUUACCCACAAAUUCAAAUGAAUGCUCCUAAAUGAUGUCUUCCAUCUGUACCCAACAAAGUACCACUAUAUGGAGGGAAUAUAAAUUGUUUCUAUUUAUUCUUUUCCCCUUUUCUAUCAUAAUUGUCAUGAACAUGUGUAGUAGCUUUAGGUUUAAUUAAAGGAAUAAACUCGGAAUGCUCA